AUGAUCAAAUUCGUGAUGAGAAACUCACACUUGGACUUGGUUGUUCUGACCUCGACGAACCGCCUCCUGCUGUUUCCGUUUGUCUCUCGAUUUUUGUUAUCAGGUAUGAGAACACAAGCUGAGGAUGCUCCAGAGUUGAUGCAGAAUAUACAAUCACGGUUGCCAGUAAAAGAAGCGGCCCGCACGUGUGUGUUGUCCAAGUCAUGGCUACACGCUUGGUCUACCAUCCCUAUCCUGAGGUUCGAUGUACGAAGAGGCAAGAGCAUGAAGUUGGUGGACGGGGACCGCACUCUGAUGAGGUAUCUCCGUGACAACACACCAAUCGAAAGGUUUGAUCUUAUGAUCGACAUCGAGAGCCAGGAGUCGGCUUCUCAUGUUGAAAAAUGGAUCGGGGCCAUCGCAACCAAAAGUUGUCUUAGAGAGAUGUCCCUCUCAAUCGAUAUUGCUCUUUUGCGUACCUCGUUAACAUUACCAGAUGAGAUACUCUCGGAACUGUACUUGAAUGGUGUGCGCAUAAGUGAAGAGGCACUCCAUGACAUAUUGUCGUCUUGUAGCUUGCUCGAGAAGAUAGAGCUUCUAGAUUCUUGCAAGGGGUUCAAGACCUUCAAGGUUAAAAACCUUCUUCGACUUUACGAAUUACGAAUAGAUUUAGAUGCUGUACACUCUACUGCUUUGGAAAUCAGUGAUGUCCCAAAUCUUGGCGUGUUUAGCUACGAUCUACAUGUUUGCAGACCACAGAUGCCUAUUAUUCCAUUCAACGCCCUUUCAAUAUCAUUAGGACGCAGCGUGACACGAUUAAUGUUAGGUGGCGUGAUAACAGACAACGCGUGUCUUGAAACGAUCAAAACGGAAUUUCCUUUUCUCGAGAGUUUGACGCUUGAUAUGACAUCAUGGAUGUUAGGAAGCUUCUAUUUCACAUGUGCUUCCAUCAAGAGAUUGUCCUUGCUGUCGUGCCGACGCAUGCUUAUCGAUGUACAAGUUUAUGCUCCAAAAUUAUUUUUUUUUGAGUUUGGUGGCAACACAUUGCCUAGUCUCUUAUUUCCAGUCUCGUCUCUCAAGCAAAUCAAGGUUUCGCUCUCACUCAUCCCUCUGAUUGAUGCUGAUUUUUUUCUUAAGAUGAGGGAAACACUCACGUUAUCACGCAUGUGCUACCUUAAUAUAAUAACUGACAACUCAAAGCUGCCAUUGGACAUUGAUAUCGAUGAUCUAAGAACAAGGCUCCUGUUUCCUCCUGCUAGGAACGUGCAAGAACUCGCGUUUCAAACGGUAGCGGAUGAAUGUCUGUGGGAACGAUCCCAAUUUUUUGAUGCGUUCUUUGAGAUUUGUCAUCCCAAGCAUGUAUUUGCAAGGCCAGACUCCCGGUUCAGACACAACAAUCACUUUUGCAGGCUCAUGCUGAAGGAGGUCUUGGAGAAGAAGACCAGAAUCGCGUAUUGGCCUCAUUACCUGAAACAUGUUCAAAUAAGACAAUAUCGGCAUCAGAAAUGGAAAACCCUAACAGUUUCCCACAGAAGCUUUUUAGACGGAUCGGCCCCUGGUGUCUACAUGUACUUCAAACUAAUGUGGCGUUAA